AUGGCUUCGACACAACAGAAGAGUUUGAUUCACACAGCGGGUUGUUUGAUCAUUGGCGAUGAAGUCCUUGGAGGCAAGACAGUCGACACGAACUCGGCCUACUUCGCCAAGUUCUGCUUCUCACUGGGCAUCAACCUGCGCCGCAUCGAAGUCAUUGCUGACGACGAAGGCGAGAUCAUCGAAGCCGUCCAACGCAUGUCGAAGAAUUACGACAUGGUUGUGACGAGCGGCGGAAUUGGUCCCACUCACGACGACAUCACGUACCAGUCGAUAGCGAAGGCUUUCGGCUUGCCGUUGAAGUUACACGAUGCAGCAUUCCAGCGCAUGAAGCGCCUGUCGAAGCCGCACAAGUCUCAGCCCGACUUUGACUGGAACGUUGAGUCUCCAGCGCUUAAAGCCAAGAAACGCAUGGUGGAGCUGCCUAUCGAUGAUUCUAAAUCAGAUGAAGAUCAAGUGGUUUUUGUCAGCGAGUCGCUUUGGGUUCCCGUUAGCGUUGUGAACGGUAACAUCCAUAUUUUGCCCGGGGUGCCUAGAUUGUUUGAAGCGAUGCUGGACGGGCUGAAGCCCCGCAUCCUGCCUAGGCUGACAGAUCCGGAGGGCAAAGGCGUGCUGCGGAUCCUCAUCUCGACUCCGAUGGCUGAGAGUGCCGUUGCUGGAUAUCUGACCGAGCUCGCAGCCAAGGCAGAGCCGAAGGGGGUCAAGGUGGGAAGCUACCCAAGGUGGGGAAAGGACCACAACACGGUAACGCUAGUCGGACGCGACCGCGAGUUCAUGGAAAGUUUGGUGCCUGAGGUAGAAAAGGCGGUUCAGGGGAGGCGCGUAGCGGUUGAAGGCGAGGACGACGCUGACACGUCUGACAAGGACUCGUAG